GCGUGGUUGUAAGAUAAGAAAAUCAAAUAGAAAUUAAGGUGGACCAUGGGCGCCGCUACCAUUUUCCCCACCUUCCUCUCUGCUUAUCUUCUUCUUGUAUGUCUUGUCUGCUCUUUGAAGGAGGGCUAUUUCUUGGGACGAAUUAGUGCAACUGCCGAGAGCCACCACCUUCAGCACCGCCACACCAUCCAAGUCAGCUCUCUUCUACCCUCCUCUGUUUGUAGCCCUGCAGCCCAAGCUUUGGACAAAAAGGCAUCUUUACCAGUUGUCCAUAAGCACGGUCCAUGCUCUCGACUUCAUCAAGAUAAAGCAAAUAUUCCCACUCCCGCCGAGGUCCUCCUCCAAGAUGAAGCCCGAGUCAAGUCUAUUCGGUCAAAACUUGCCAAGAUUUAUCCAGGCUCCAGCAAUGUCGAGGAGACUGAUGCAGCCACUCUCCCUGCCAAGGAUGGUAGUGUGGUGGGAUCGGGCAAUUACAUAGUAACCGUGGGUCUUGGCACCCCAAAGAAAGAUUUAUCUCUCAUAUUUGAUACUGGAAGUGACAUCACAUGGACACAAUGCCAGCCCUGCGUAAGAUCUUGCUAUAAACAGCAGGAUCCAAUUUUUUCGCCCUCACAAUCCUCAACAUAUUCCAACAUUUCAUGCACCUCAACAGUUUGCAAUUCACUGGCUUCUGCAACAGGCAACUCACCUGGCUGCUCAUCAUCAACUUGUGUCUAUGCUAUCCAAUAUGGAGACUCGUCCUUCUCAGUUGGAUUCUUUGCUAAAGAUACGCUCACCUUGACACCAAGUGAUGUGUACAAUGACUUUCUAUUUGGUUGCGGCCAAAACAAUCGAGGUCUUUUUGGUGGCUCAGCCGGUUUACUAGGACUUGGCCGAGAUAAAUUAUCUUUGCCAUCACAAACCGCCUUAAAAUACAAGAAAUUCUUCUCCUACUGCUUACCAUCAUCCGCCAGCUCAACUGGUUUCCUCACUUUUGGCGACGGUGGCGCCUCAAAAUCCAUAAAAUUCACAACGUUGUCCACAAUCUCCCAAGGUUCAUCCUUUUACGGUAUUGACAUUACUGGAAUAAGCGUUGGUGGCCAAAAAUUAUCAAUCGCAGCAUCUGUUUUCACCGCUGGUGGCGCAAUCAUUGACUCUGGAACCGUCAUCUCGCGGCUGCCACCAACUGCCUAUGCGGCACUGAAGUCUGCAUUUCGAAAACAGAUGAGCCAAUAUCCAAUGGCACAACCACUUUCAAUCCUGGACACAUGCUAUGACUUUAGCAAAUAUUCUUCAGUUAGCUUUCCUAAGAUAAGCUUCUUCUUCAGCGGGGGUGUGGAGGUUCCUAUCGCAGCAAAGGGUGUUUUUUACGUUAGUAGUAUCUCACAAGUGUGCCUAGGGUUCGCCGGAAACAGUGAUGACUCAGAUACAGGGAUUUUUGGGAAUACACAACAGAAGACAUUGCAAGUGCUAUACGAUGGUGCUGCAGGGAGGCUUGGAUUUUCUACAGGGGGCUGUACCUAAGUUUUUAAGCUAAUCUAGAAGAAAAUCUUCAAGUUAGCUGUCAAAUCAUAAUCCAUAUGUAUGACAAAAAAAGAGUGGUUGAAGAUUGAAAUAAUUGAUAUACAGUGAAAGUUAUCCGAACUCCAUAGGUGGAGUCCAUUUUAGUUCAAGUACUUUUCUGCUACUUGUACCCCAUAAUUAAGGAAACAAAAACAAAUGUUUGCUGCAAACUUAUUUACAAUAAUAACCAAGACAUGGUUUUCAAAGGCAA